GUCAGCAUUGGCAUUGCUCCUGGGUGUUUAAUCAGUCAUAUGAGAUCCUUCAUCUCUUAAAGGUCAAAGUAAAGGGAUUCACAAAUUAUUUUAUUAUUUUGGUAACUUACAUUAUUAAUUGCAGGUCUAAAGGACAAUUUAAUUUAAUUAUUUAACCAGCUAAGUCACUUCAAAACUUUUUUAUUUCCUAUUGAUCCAAUUCAUUUCCACUGAGCUGUAGAGGAUCCAUUUAUACAUCAGGGCAUCUACAGGAACAAUUUAAGUACCUUGCUCAAGAUUACAACAGCAGCUUCCCACCAAAGAUUUAAACCUACAACCUCUCCAUCUGGAGUUUGAGACCCUAAGCACUAUUACACACUUGUGCCCAAUAAGGUGGAAGUGCAUUCAAAUAUUUCAAAGCAAUUACAUUUUGUUGAGUAACCGGCUUGCUUUGUUUUCAAUGAGAUGAAAGAAUAAUAGUUGACUCAUUACUAUUUAAAGAAGCCAUACAGUUUAUGUAAAAGGCCACACAAUUUGUUUUUUGUCCAUGACAAAUGACUUGCUAUUUGAGAUUUAUUUGACACAUGUUCAGGCUGCAUUUCAUGUUUCACAUUUGUAAUGUAAUUUGGUUCUCUGCAGAACACAGUGAUGAAGGAUGUUUUGUGGAUACCAAAACAGCAAAAUUAUUUGGACAAACCCAGUACUUUUGAAGCUUUGAAUAAAUAAACCAUCCUACAAACUUUUUUAAAAGAAAAUAAUUGCAUUAAAACUUAUUUGCUUUAAGUAUGCAAAGAAAAUUACCAAGCCCUGUGAAUUGAAGUACAUUUAAAUACAUUCUUUAGCACAUAAACUAUGAAAGUGAAAAUCAAACUACUAAAUUAUUGAAAAAGAACACUGAAGCUUAACAUGGAAAAGGGAUUUACCUACUGUAAUUGCAUAUUCAUGAUUCAAGCUGGGGCCUACCCUUAAUUUUCUGGUCACAGUAACUUUAGUUUCCAAGGUCACAGUUUCCAUGGUACAAUUUGUAAACAGCUUAUGUUGCCUCAACUUUAAGGUAAAGCCUGGCUGAAAUAUUUCACAGCUCUCUUCAUGGAAACCGAUUUAAAGCUAAGGUAUGUCAUUUCUUGAUUUUAUUUAGUUGGAGAUUGUUGGUGGAGGGCUUAAUGUUCACUGCUAAGAGUGUAAGCCACCUAGAGAGAUAAUGUAUAAAAACACUGUUCGACAAAAUACAACUUCUAUAGUGAUCUGAAAAAGUAAAAAGCUGUCAAUAAUGUACCAUUUUGUACCAAUCCCUAGCAUACAUCACUCGCAGGACCAGAGCAGAUCAUUUGAUGAAGAUAAACACAUUCUAAAAGAAGGUACUUCUAAUAAGACAAAAGAAGGUAUACCUGUAGCUGUGGAAAAAAAUCACGAGUUAACUUUUAAAGCUCAUGUCACUUUUUCAAAUAAAAAUGUAAAGCAAGCCUGUACGACAGAAGAUUCCACUGACGCAAUUAACUGCAAACACAAAACGGGAUGUUGUGUGACUACAUUCAAAGUAAAUCAUCCUGUAAUUAAAGCUGUAGCAUCAUGUGAAGAUAAAAACGCUGUAUGGAAACAAGAAAUGGAAGACAUGUCUAUAUUCAUUGAGCGCUAUGGAAGUGAUAAAGGUGCAUACUUCAUAAUAGGCCUUUGUGACGGGUUUCAUGGUAGAUAUGCAGCUGAUAUAACUUCUAAAGAACUCCCAGUCAUUGUUCUUGAACAACUUUCAAAAUGUUUAUCAACAUAUUCCUUAACUGGAGAGGAUAUUAACUUAUUGGAAAGCUUUGAAACAAUAUUUCAAGAAGACUGCAAAAGCAAUGCAGAUCAAAUACCACCUUUUUCAUAUUUGCAAGUGGAAGACUUGAGUCAUGACGAAAGAGUGCAUAUGGCCUUUGCCAAGGCUUUUCGCAAAAUGGACCGGAUUCUAGGCUUGGGUCGAAAUGAAACUUCUAAGAUUCGGUGGAGUGGAUGUACAGCCUUAAUUUGCUUAAUUGAAGGCCCAAUGCAAGACAGAAAAAAUGCAGAACUGCACCAAGCAGGAGGCUGCAAAAACAGAAAUCCAUUUACAUCACAAGAUCAAAAAAAUACUAUGGGAAAAAUACACAUUGCCAAUUGUGGCAACACACAUGCAGUUUUGUGCAAGAAUGGGAAAGGACAUCGGCUGACAAAAGACCACAGUACUUCCAACCCAAAGGAAAGAAGACGUGUUCUGAAAGCUGGCGGGAAAAUAAGUGUAAACAAGCAGCACGGACUUGUAGAAGGUCUGAUGAGUGCAACCCGUGGGCUUGGUCAUCACGGGGACCUGCAACUGAAGAAGUCAGUCAUUCCUGUGCCAUAUUCUGUAUCUUUACCAAUAGAUGACACUUUUCAGGCAAUGAUUUUAGCUACAAGUGGGAUUUGGGAUGUCUUGGAUGAAGAUGAUGUUGCAGCAAUUGCCAUGGGUUUUUCUUCUCUAGCGGAAACACCUUGCAACCCAAACCAAGACAGAGAAAGGACACCAAAUCAGGCACAACUCGAGAACAAAACAGAUGAAAGUGGGACUUUGGGCAAAGAAACACAAGACUGCUUCCAAACAGAAAAACCCUCAAAUUGUGUAAGGACUAAAACUGAAAAGCAUUUCAAAACCAAGACAGACUAUGAAAACUUGGCAGUUUCCAUUAGUAAAAAAAUUGUUGAAACAGCAGUAAAUUCAGGGGCAAAGGAAAACUUAUCAGUGAUAACAGUACUUCUGCCUGGAUUAGAUGUAUAAAAAAUGUAUAAAAAGGCUUAUAAUAUUCAACACCACUGCAAUAAAAUGAUGUAUGGCACAAACACUUUCUUCAGUGAAUAAACUGUCUGGGACAGAUUUGAGACCA